AUGGCGGAACGGAAAGUGCUGAACAAGUACAUCCCGCCGGAUUUCGAUCCGGACAAAUUAACGGAAAGCAAAAAAUUGAUGAGAAAAAUAGAAAAGAAAAAAAACAAGAGCAAUAAGUAUAACAAGAAGAAGAAGCAUUUUUUAAACAUCAGAAUGAUGUAUCCCUUCACACUGAAGUGCAACAAAUGCAAAAGCUUCACGUACGUUGGAACGAAAUUCAAUUCCAGGGUUGAGAAAUUAAGAGACGAAAGUUACCUGAACAUCCCAAUUUGGCAAUUUUAUGGAAAAUGCUUUGAGUGUAAAAAUGAAAUUAUUUUCAAAACGGAUCCAAAAAAUGGAGACUACAUAUUAAUCGCUGGAGGAAUAAGAACCUAUGAUGCACACAAGGAGCAGGAAAUUGCAGAUGAUUAUUAUCGAGAGAAUAAUCUCAUCAAAGAAGAAGAUAAGCUCAAGAACAAAGAAAAGGAGUCCUACAAUGCUCUGCUGGAAUUAAAAACAAAUGAGGAGUUGGAGGAAUUGAAAAAUAUCAACAGAAGACACAUUGACAAAUUUAACAGCAUCAAUAAGGCGCUAGAUAAAUUGUACGAAAAGAACGAAAUGAAAAAUAAUAAGAAUAAUUUUUUCAUGAACAAUUUAGAUUCAGAAGAUGAAAAAGCGUUUUUCACUUUGCUUCGCAAAAGUAGGGUGGCUGCAAAUCAUCCCGGUGGCGCGCCAGGAGGGUCGAUAAUGGGUGAAGACGACGUCAUCAUAGAGGAGGAGGUGCUAGAAGAGGAAGACUCGGGGGAGGCCAGCGAUGAGGAGGCAGGCCCACACAACAGUCAUUCCCACAACGGUGACUCAUAUAAGAGCGACGCGCAUAGCAACAACCGCGACAAAAGCGCCACAGAUAACACACUGCAAAAAAUCCCCCUACGUAAAACGAAAGAAUUCUCGGAGGGAGCCAAAAAAAGGCAGAUUCAUAGUGAGGAAGCGGCAAAAGAAGGCAUAGAUGAAACGAUAAAGGUGCGGAGAACAAACCAGGUCAGUACUGAUGGCGUGCAAGAAACGGAAGGGCCCAUGUCCAAACCCAGCAUCAGCAUUUUUAAAAGCCGCCUAUCAGUUGUAGGCACCGCACAAGGCGCAAAAAGGAACAAUUUCGAAAAGAGUUACAACUUUGUCAUUAAAAAGAAGGAGGACCUUUCGAGCAUUCUUAAUGAGUACAAUUCGGAUAGCGAUGGCAACUCCGGUGGCGCAAGUAGCUAA